AAGUCAUAAUGAAUAAUAAUAAUUGUUCCUUCCAAGUUCCGCGUAGUUCACUGGUUGAAUCCCGAAUACAUUCCAGUACAAAACCGAGUUCACUACGUAGCACGUAGGGAAUAUUACAAUUCAGCGUAUGCGAGAUGUACGCGCUCUAUUUGAGCUGAAUUAUUUCAGAAGUUUUAGCGAAGCGUUUUAGAAAGCGACUUGUUUUCCUCGAGCUUCCUUGUAGACGUCCUCUAAACGCUGAAGCACCCAGGUGUAGUGAGGAAGGGUGAAAUUGGGACGCGGCCCGAGUCCUGCGCCUUAACUGUCAAGGAGGGCGAAAUCAUCCGCUUGCUAGCGUCAAGUGUCCCUAUUCAGAGCGCAUUUAUUCACGUUAAUCUCCUAAUAGGUGGAGCUUUACACACCUGACCCACAACAGGACGAGGGAUUUCGAUGGACGCUCACGCUUCAUCAAACGUUCCCUCCCGGAAGAGGAAGAGAGAUGACUCCAACGGAGAGACGGAGGAAGGAGAGACGAUGGCCAGAUAUAAACACCACACUGUGGCUCUAAGAGAUCCGGCUCCAUAUGCCGAUCAGCUCGAUUCGUUGGAGGAUCAGCCAUAUGAACGCGUCAGCAUGGAGGAGGCUCGAAGGGGGACACCACCUGACAGGCCGGUGAGGGUGUACGCAGACGGCAUCUUCGACAUGUUUCACUCAGGACACGCCCGCGCCCUCAUGCAGGCCAAAGACCUCUUCCCCAACACACACCUCAUCGUCGGAGUGUGCAGUGAUGAUCUCACACACAAACUGAAGGGCUUCACCGUGAUGAACGAGGAGGAGCGCUACGACGCCGUCACACACUGCCGCUACGUGGACGAGGUGGUGCGCAACGCGCCGUGGACCCUCACGCCAGACUUCCUCAUCAAACACCGGAUUGACUUUGUUGCUCAUGAUGAUAUCCCGUACUCCUCAGCAGGGAGUGAUGACGUGUACAAACACAUCAAAGAGGCAGGUAUGUUUGCUCCGACCCAGCGCACCGAGGGCAUCUCUACCUCCGACAUCAUCACACGCAUCGUCCGAGACUACGACGUGUAUGUGAGGAGAAACCUGCAGCGCGGCUACACGGCCAAAGAGCUCAACGUCAGCUUCAUCAACGAGAAGAAGUACCACCUGCAGGAGCGUGUGGAUAAGGUGAAGCAGAAGGUGCGAGAUGUGGAGGAGAAGAGCAAAGAGUUUGUGCAGAAGGUGGAGGAGAAGAGCAUCGACCUGAUCCAGAAGUGGGAGGAGAAAUCCCGGGAGUUCAUCGGAAACUUCCUGCAGAUGUUUGGGCCUGAGGGAGCACUGAAGCACAUGCUGAAGGAAGGGAAAGGCCGCAUGCUGCAGGCCAUCAGUCCUCGUCACAGCCCGAGCAGCAGCCCUACCCGUGAACGCUCGCCCUCGCCCACCUUCCGCCUCCCAUUCUUCACCAAGACCUCGCCGCCCGCCUCGCCCCGCGCCAAGCGCCAACGCCACGACAUUAUCACCACUCACGGUCAGAACAUCAGCGAGGACGACGAGGAGGACGACGAAGAUUAAGAAGGAGCACGUCGGAUGCUGGGUGUGGAAAUGCUGACACGGAAACUCCUCGCUGCUCGACAUCCUCCAUCAGAUAUGGAGCCAAGAAUGGAUCAUUUUAUUUUAAAAAAUGUCACUCGUUGCAGCUACAGCUGUGUGUGUGUGCGUGUGUGCAUGUGUGAUGUUACAGCAUGAGUGUUCUGGCUCUCGUUUCCUGUAAAGAUCCGUUUUUGGGGAAGAGCCGCUGUUUUUACUCUGGAGUCAUCCGUCAGUGUGCGCCGGAUCGUUUUAUUGUUAUUCGUUUUUAAAAACAAACUAUUUUUGUUCUUUAUACAGUUCGAAAAGAAGCCCGGAAAAGAGGCUGUGCUUUUUUUGCGUGUAUGUUGUUACAUAUACAAAGCUUGCUGUACCUCUCUUUAUCUUAAAAACACGAAAUGCCUGCGCUUGUUGGUCAAGAGACGUGGUGUAAAGACAUGACCGUUGCUAUGGUUACAUCUGAGACAGUUUCAUUUCUCUCUGUGGAAUUCAAAAAACAAACAAACAUAGUAUUUAUGAUGGUUAUGCAGUAUGAAUACGUUGGAGCUCUGUUACCUCGAUAAGAAAACAGUGCCAGCCAAACAGAAACGAGUAUUUUACAUAUUUUGGAUGUCAGAAAUCGUAACUGACGUUUUAUGGAUGUUUUUUUCCCCCAAAAGGUGUUGCGACGUGUAUUGAAAUAAGUCUAUAGCGGUAACCUUAACCCAGACAAACAUUAAGCUGGACUACGCCAGCAGAAGGUGCUGAAGUGCACCCGUUAUGGAAAGUUAGCUAUAGCUAAGCGACUAGCCUCUUAGCGGAAAGUUAGCUACAUUAACCUCGACUGCAUUUAGGGUGCACAGGAUAUUUAACGUCUAAUCACAUCUUUGCUUUACUACUCAACUUUUAUUAUGUCUCGGACAUCUUGUGUUCGAAAAACAUAACUCAUCAUGAAUAAAUGAUCAUUAUUAUGGAAGUGUAAUAUACACGGCACAUACGCAAUCUUUUCUGACUCGACGCUCGUAACGAGCUCGGCAGGUUUUACUGCACCGCUGGAUCUCUGCAGAUCUGAGCAUGUGUGUAAACUGUAGGAUUAUUAUGUACAACUGCUGUAAUAAACUCACUAAUUAAUUAGUCUCUCA